UUUUACUUCAGUGCUCGAUACUGGACAUGAUUACCAAUUACAAGCAUUCUCUCAAAAUCGAAUUGCACCAAACACAGCGCCAUGUCUACGGAUUACUGCAAACGAUGCGGUUUAUUUCCCGCGGCGACAAAAACUUCGACAGGGGAGCCAUUCCUGUGUAAAGAGUGCGAUAGCACGUUGACCAAAGGGCCCUUCGCUCAGUCCCUAGCCAGCACAGAUACAGAAUGGGAAAAAUAUGCCGGCCCUUCGAGCUAUUACGCUGAAAUUCCGACUUCGACAUCAAACUACUGCACACCGAUUACCCCUGAAUGGAAAUACUCUGCAGCGCCUGCUCCUGGAGGUCUUGCUUCUGGAGUUUCUGAUCCGGAUCUUAACUACUCUGUUAAUAAACACCGUGCUGCACCAGGAUCCUACCCAGCCGCCCCCGCCUCAGCGUCGAAGUACACUCCGCUAACCACGUCCGCUGCUGAUCCAUCGAACUCCACCGCAGCCACUACGAAGGCCGAUGCCUCCACUUCCACUUCCGACCUGAGCUCGAGCUACAUGUGCUCGAUUUGCAAAUACACGCCCGUCUGGACCUCCGGCGCCAAGUGCUCCGACUGCAAGAGCUUCACCGACUUUGCCACCAACCUCCUCCCCGACCCGCUGACGAGCCUGUGCGUAAUCUGCCAGAAAACGCGGGUGUGGCCUGAUGGACAGACUUGCGAAGCCUGUAUCAAGGCCUAUGUCAGCGGGAGCUAGAAGUAGGCUAGAAGUAGUGAGUUUGGGACGCUCUCGCGUGUCGGGCGUGCGCAGCCACCGGAAUGAUUAGUUCAAACCCGCAGUGGUAGUUUUUCUUUUUAUUUAAUAACGACGUGGGCUUUGGCAUGCCAGCGACCCGGGAGUCGGGGGUCCAGAGCAAUUAGGGUUCAUUUGCACAACUUGCCACCUACAGUGCUCCAGCGCGAUCGUCUACCUUUCUUGGUUGCUGCCUCAUGAAGCGGCUGGCUUUGUAGAAUGAUUCACCACAUUACAUAGC